GCCAUGUGAUCCUUUGCAGAUAUUUAAGUUUUCUGAACUGGACAUGAUGAAUUUGAGCUCAGUGUUCCUGAUCUUCACUGGGUUUCUAGCUGAACUCUUUGCAUCGCAAGUUGUGUCCCUGAAAGGCACUGCUGUCUUGUUCUGCUAUAGAACACAAAACACUCCAGCAGAGCAGCAAGAUGUGAUCUGGAGGAUAGCUGAAGGCCAACUUGUUGCCCAGUGGUCCCGGGGGCGGUUCACAGCAGGCCCUGGGUACGAGGGCAGAGUCCAGCUCUCUGAGAAAGGGAUAGAGGGUGGAAACUUCUCUUUAACCAUCUCACCUGUUGAGUACAAUGAUGAAGGUUCAUAUGACUGUUUCACAGGGUUUGAUCAUCUUGCUGUGGUGACACUAGGUGUUUCUGUGUCCACAGACAGGAAUAUCACUGCACAGGUUGGGGACCCUGUCACUCUCCCCUGCUAUGCCAACGUCGGCAAACAGGCAAAUCUCAGUCAUCUUAACAUCCGCUGGGAGAAAGAUGGACAGACUGUGCUGGAUAUCCAGUCUGGUACAGGCUCCGGCUUCAAGAACAGAGUCAGUUUGUCUCCAGACCGUGUUCGGACACCUGAAGGGAUUAGUCUUUCUAUUGCAGGCCGUCAGUCAAACAUCACCAUCCAGUCACCUGAGUCCCUCUUCCUGCCGCUCCACACUAAGGAACCAGUCCAUGUUCUCUUCAGUUCUGGUGGCUGCACCAGUGUGUCUGUGUGUACUGUGGAGGGAGAUUCUGUAGACUGUGGACCUCAGUACCAACACAGGGCAUCUGUCCACAACUCAACUCUGAUGCUGGAAUACACAACACCAGCUGACAGUGGUGUGUACAGAGUGAUGGACAACAGGACAAAUGACACCAUCAACACUGUAUCUGUCAGUGUUACUGUUUCUCCUACAGUGCUGUUCCCGCUCCUUUCUCUGUUGCUGCUGCUGGGGGCAUGGUGUUGUUAUGGAUGA